UUAACCAUGACAAAAAUGCGAUCAUCAUCCCGGUCCUGCAACUCGUCGGCAACUUCCAUCAACAGAGACCCACGAGAAAAAAUAAAGGACUGUUGCCGAAAGCUAGUGGCCUUCAUGUGCACCCAGGUGGGGGUAGGAGGACUGGUAGUCGGGUACGCGAUAGUUGGCGCCCUAGGAUUCAUCACCCUCGAAACGCAGUCUGAGUAUCCCCACGUCGAGGAGAUGCAGCACCUGCGAAAGAACUUCAGCGAGAAACUUUGGACUGCGACAGCAGCUGAUAGGAACGUCAACGUCCUCAACAAAACGGCCUUUAAUCGUCAAACCGACGGGUUACUCAGCCAAUUCCAGGUCGAGGUCGUCAAAGCUGUCAAAAAGGGCUACAAUGGAAAGACCGUCAAGGACGUUUGGUCGCUUCCUGCCGCUCUGAUGUUCUGCUUGUCUGUCUUCACCAUGAUUGGCUAUGGGAACAUUGUUCCUAGAACCAUGUGGGGGAAAGUUGCUACUGUUGUCUACGCCAUCUUUGGGAUUCCGCUGUAUGUUCUGUAUUUUUUGAAUAUGGGAAAAGUUCUUGCCCAGACGUUCAGGUGGCUCUACAGGUGGUUCCACGUCUGCACAGGUCGGAAGAAACCCGGACAAAGGAUCAUAGUGCCCUCUACCGCCUGUCUCUGGGUUAUAUUCGGCUACAUCCUGGUCGGCACCAUUAUGUUCGCUCAAUGGGAGGAGUGGGACUACUUAGACAGCGCUUAUUUCUGCGUAACGUCGCUCUGCAAAAUAGGAAUGGGUGAUUUUGUUCCAGGCGCGAACAUUGUUGAGGCUAAAAGCGGCAGCCAUCUUAAGUUGGUCAUUAACUUCGUGUACCUGCUUCUGGGCCUGGGAUUGGUCGCCAUGUGCUACAAUCUUAUGCGCGAGGAUGUUCGGGUCAAAGCGAGGGAACUGAGGGAAGAAAUCAUCGAAGCUUUUGAAGACUUCAAGUACCGGAUGGUUCAUUGCUGUGGUGUAAAUUCCACGUAA